AUGGACUCGGCAUCUCCUCAGCCAGAAGAAGCAGCAGCUGCAGCUGGAUCUCCAUCCGAGUUCUUGAAGAAUAUAGUGGGGAAGAGGGUGAAAGUCAGGAUAGGUAGUGGGGUAGAUUAUCAUGGCCUUUUGACAUGUCUGGAUGGAUACAUGAAUGUGGCAUUGGAGGAUACAGAAGAAUGGGCAAAUGGUAGGAAGACAGCGGAAUAUGGCGAUUGUUUCCUUCGAGGGAAUAAUGUACUGUACAUCUCUGCAUUGGAAGAUCUGUAA